AUGAUUUCGAUGAUGAAACCCCUUGUAAAAUAUUUAUAUGUAUAUAGAUUCUAAAUAUUUAAUAUAAGAUUUUGUAAAUUCUGCCUUUGAUCAUCAAUAGUACGCAUAAUAUACAUUAGUCUCACAAAGCGGAAUAAAUUUUUUAAAGGGAUCAAAUAUAUAUUAUUCAGUUUUUCAAGGAAUUAGAGUUUUUGGAGGACCUUAUGUCUGGGCUUAAGCUAAAUUUUAAAGAAUUUAUAACAUCAUAGAUCCUCAUCAUAGUAUUACCAUAGCAUUUUAUAUUCUUUAUGGACCGUCAUUUCCUACAGAUGGAAGUUUUAUUUACACAAUUGACAAUUAUGCCCCAGUUACUAAAUCAAAAACAAGUUAUUUUUCAACUUAUUCUGAUGGAAGUAGAUACGAUAAAGUAUAUCAAAGAAUAUCACAUAAUAUAAAUACAUUAACAAUCACUUGGGAAUGUUUUGGACUAAAUAAUGAGCCAAUUAAAGCUUAUUGUGGAUUUUAUAAUUAUCAUAUUGCUGUUCAUUACUGCUAACCUUAUUGUUUAUAAUGUUUAGAUCAAAAUACAUGUACAUAAUGGAAUAGCACUUAUGAUGCAAGUAUUGUAAGAUUUUCUUAAUCUGAAUGUGAAAGUUAUCAAUAUUUUGAUAGAGAUUCAUUUAGAUGUUUGCAAUGUCAUUCACCUUGCUUAACAUGCACAUCUAAAAUAGAUUGUUAAACAUGUUAAUCUACUUUCACUUAAACUAAAUUAGGAUGUAUUUGUUUAAUGAAUUAAUAUGAAGAUUAAAAUUAAUGUUUUAAUUGCCCAAUUGAAUGUACUUAAUGUCUAAGUGCUUCAUAUUGUUUGGAGUGCUUAUUUAUUAAUAAUAGAUAACUAGUGAAUGGAUAAUGUAAUUGUCUAGUUGGAUAUUAUCCAAUUGCAUUAAAUCCUUAAUGUUAAUAAUGCCAUUAAUUUUGUAAUACAUGCACUGGACCUACUUCUGAUGAAUGUUUAACUUGUUCUAAUAUAAUUAAUAUCGAAUAAAUCGGAUCAACAUGUAGAUGCCCAUCAGGAUCAUAUUAUUCAGAUCCAAUAAAAACAUGUUCUUUCUGUCAUUAUUCCUGCUCAACUUGUUUUAGAACUACAAUUGAAGGUUGCUUAACAUGUAAUCCUGCAUUAAAUAGAAUAUUAAAAGGAUUAAAAUGUGAAUGUGCACCUGGGUAUUAUGAAUUAAAUAAUGUUUGUACAAGUAUUUAAGAUCUUAGUUAUUAUAGGUUGUCCAACUAUAAUAGAUACAUCUUUAACUGAAUGUUAUAAAUAAUGUAAUAAUAGUUAAUAAAUAUGGCAUACUAAUAUUUGUAAUUCUUGCGAUUCUGGAUUUCAAUUAGUAUCCGGAGAAUGUCAGCCUAUUUGUGGAGACUUAUAAAUAAAAGGAUAUGAAUAAUGCGAAGAUAAUAAUACUAUUUUCGAUGAUUUAUGCUAUAAUUGUUAAUUUCAAUGUCCACUUCAUUGUGAAAUUUGCGAUUAAACAACUUCAUUACCAUGUCCAGAUAUUUGUGGAGAUGGAAUUAUUACUGGAAAUGAAUAAUGCGAAGAUGGAAAUUCUAUCUAAUAUGAUGGAUGUUUUAAUUGUUAAUAUUAAUGUUAAUUGUAAUGCACAAAAUGUAUAAAAGGAGAAUGUAUUGAAUGUGCAACUAAUGGAUGGUUUAUUGAUCCUACAGUUACUCCUUGGUAAUGCAGAGAAAGAUGUGGAGAUAAUAUUAUUGUUGGAACUGAAUAAUGCGAAGAUGGUAAUUCAAGUGAUACAGAUGGAUGCAAGGAUUGUAAAUAUUUUUGUAGAAUUGGUUGUUCUUCUUGUAAUUUUACUAAUAAAACUUGUUUAAGUUGUGAAUUUCCUGGUUUUACUCCUGUUUCUUAUUAUUGCAGAAAUAUUUGCGGAGAUGGUUUAGUUGUAGUAGAUCCAUAUGGAUUCUAUUAUGAAGAAUGUGACGAUGGUAAUACAAUUAGUGGAGAUGGUUGCAGUAGUUCAUGUUAUUAUUAAUGUUAAUCAAUUUCUAUUUGUACUACAUGUGUCAGUAAUAGAUGUGAACUUUGUGCUUCGGGAUAUUUACUAACAACAAAUAAAAUUUGUGUUCCAAUUUGUGGAGAUGCAAUUUUAGUAACUGGCGAAUAAUGUGAUGAUGGUUUGAUAUUACCAUAUAAAUGUUAAAAUUGCAAAGUAAGAUGUUAAAGUUCAUGUCUUACUUGUUCUACUACUGUGCUUGGUUGUUUAACCUGUAAAACAGGUUAUACAAGAAUUGAUUAUUUAUGUUAUUCCAUCUGUGGUGAUUAAAUAGUAACAGAAGAUGAAUAAUGCGAUGAUGGAAACUUAAUUUUAGGAGAUGGUUGUCAUUUUUGUUAAUAUACUUGUUAGGAUGAAUGUCUUAAUUGCAUUAAAGGAAUCUGUUAUGAUUGUUUAGAUGGUUAUAAAUUGAUACAAUUUAAAUGUUAUCCUAUUUGCGGAAAUGGAAUAAUAUAAAAAAAUGAGUAAUGUGAGAUUCAAAAUUAAUUACAGCCUUCACAAAAUUGCAAAUCUUGUAAGUUUUCUUGUGAUAUGAACUGUUUUUUAUGUUUAUAUGGAAUUUGUUAACAAUGCAUUGAUGGUUACGAGUUAUCUUAGAAUUAACAAUAAUGUUAUGAAUCUCUAUAAAAUACUAAUUUUGCCAUCGAAAACUGUUUGAUCUAAAUUAGGAAUUCUUGUUACAAAUGUUAAGAUCAUGCUUAUUAUGAUUAAGUAGAAUAAAAGUGCAAAUCAAAAGAAUCAAGUUUGAAUUUUUGUUAAUAUUAUCUUAAAAUAUAACCUGAUAUUUAUUGCAGUCAAUGUUUUGAAUACUGCUCAUUAUGUAAUAAUAAUACAUGUGUGGAUUGUCAAAAAGGUUAUUAUCUAGAUGAAAACUAACAAUGUAAUUCCUUUUGUGGUGAUGGAAUACUUUCACAUGAUGAAUAGUGUGAAAUAAAUGAUUAAAAUUGCUUGAGUUGCAUGCUUGAAGCUCCAAAAUUAUGUGAAUUGUAGUUUUAAAAUCUUUGCUAUUAAUGUGAAUAUGGAUAUUAUUAUAAUUAAUAUUCUAAUAUAUGCGAAUCUAAUUGUGGAGAUGGAAUAGUAUCUCAUGAUGAAGAUUGCGAAGAUAACAAUUAUUUAGAUUUCGAUGGUUGUUAUCAAUGUAAAUUUUCAUGCAGCUAAUAUUGUAUUAAUUGUUAAAAGGACGUAUGCUAAGAAUGUGAAUUAGGUUUUUUUCUUUAUGACGGAUUUUGUUUUAACGAAGAAAAAGAUAAUGAAUGUAGUACGGAAUGUAAAAUAUGUCAAUAAGCUCGAUGCUUACUUUGUGAAAAAGAAUAUAAAUUCAAUGAAUAUGGUGAUUGUGUACCUGGUUGUUAAGAAGGAUGCAUUAAUUGUAGUUAUUCUUAAUGUUUACAAUGUGGAAUGGAAUAUUAUUUAUAUGAUAACAAAUGCAUUCUAAUUGAAUAAUGCUCAGUAGGUUUGUACUUAAUUUAAGAAUUAUUAAUCUGUGAAUCUUAGUGUGGUGAUGGAUUUAUAACUGGUUGGGAAGAAUGUGAUGAUUAGAACAGUUAAUAAUUUGAUGGUUGCUAUUAAUGUAAAUAUGAAUGCAUUGAAAAUUGUAUUCAAUGUAUAUAAGGAGAAUGCUUAUAUUGUUCUACAGAGUUUAAUUUAAUUGAAAAUUAAUGUUUAUCUAAAUGUUAAGAAUCUUGCCUUAAUUGUGUCGAAGGAAUAUGUUAAUUAUGCGCUAAUGGGUAUUUUCUAAACGAAUAUUAUAAAUGUACAAAAAUAGAUUGCGAAUACGACUUUAGUUGCACUUAAGAAUGUGGAAAUGGUAUUAUUGAAGCUUAGGAGUAGUGUGAUGAUCAAAAUUUCAUAAAUGGAGAUAGUUGUAACAACUAUUGUGAAUUAACAUGCGAUACUAAUUGUAUUAGUUGUAUAGAUGGUAUUUGCUUAUAAUGUGCAGAAGGAUGGGUAUUCAAUCUAUUCUUAUGUAAACCUAUUUGCGGUGAUUCAAUCAUGGUAGGAAAUGAAGAAUGUGAUGACGGAAAUUCCAUCAGUUUUGAUGGAUGUUUUUAGUGUUAAUUCUAAUGUAUUAAAUUUUGUGAGGAUUGCUAAUAAGGGGUAUGUUAAUCAUGUCAAACUAAUUUUGAAUUAGAUUUAUCAAAUAAUUCAUGUAAGCCUAUUUAGAAUUAAGUUCUAACUUACACAUAGCCUGAUUGUAAACAAUAUAAUAACGACUAAUGCAUAUAAUGUUAAGCUGGAUAUCUUGAUUUGAUAACAAAUGUUUGUAUAAUUAAUUAUAGUAUGAAUAAAUGCACUAAAAAUUGUAAAUAUUGUGUACUUGAAAAAUGUUUAGAAUGUGAAUAAGGAUACUAUGGUAACAAAUGUACUCCUAAAUGUGGAGAUGGCUUAAUAGUAAAAGAAGAAGAAUGUGAUGACGGAAGUUCAUAUUAAUUAGAUUCUUGUUUAAAUUGUAAAUAUUAAUGUCCUGAAUAUUGUAGUAAAUGUGCUUAUGGUGUAUGUACACAAUGUUAUUAAGGUUUUUAUUUGGAUAUUGUUAGUAAUUCUUGUAAUUCUAGUUGUGGUGAUAAAAUAUUGGCAAAUGAUGAAGUUUGUGAUGAUGGUAAUGAAUUGAGAUAUGAUGGAUGUUUUGAAUGCAAAUAUUAAUGUUAAAUGGAAUGUUUAGAUUGUUAAUUUGGUAAGUGUAAUUUGUGUGAAUCAUCAUUAGUUUUAGUUUAAUCUAAAGGUAUUUGUGAAUAAUUAAAAUAAUGUGAAGGUUUGACAGGAUUAUAUUAUGAUGUCUUAAAAAAUGAUUGCUUACCUUAGUGUGGUGAUGGCAUUAUUGUAGGGAAUGAACAGUGCGAGGAUAUGAAUAGUAUUCCUUAUGAUGGAUGUUAUGAAUGCAAAUAUUAAUGUGAUAAAUUGUGUACAAACUGUUAAAAAGGAGAAUGCUUUGAAUGUUAAAAUGGAUAUAUAUUAGAGGGUCAAAAAUGUAAAACUAAAUGUGGAGAUGGUAUCAAAAUUGGAGAAGAGUUAUGUGAUGAUAAAAAUGAGAUUCCAAGAGAUGGAUGUACUCUUUGUAAAAUUGAUCCUUUAUUUAAAUGUGAAGAAGAUACAAAUUUAUUAAGCUUUUGUUAUAAGUGCUAAGAAAAUUGUUAGGAUUGUAAUUAUAACAAUAAUCGAGUGGAAUGUUUAUAAUGCAAAAAAGGGUAUUUCUUAAAAGAUAAUACUUGUAAUUCUUGUUCAGAAAAAUGUGAGGAAUGUGUUAAUACUCCAAAUAACUGUACUUUAUGUUCUACAAGUGAUUGUAAACGAUGUGAUAAUAUUUCUGGAUUUUACUUAAAUUAAUAAUCAAAAACCUGCAUUACAAAGUGCGGAGAUAAUAUUAUAGCAGGAUUAGAACAAUGUGAUGACGGAAAUCUAAUUGAUUAAGAUGGAUGCAAUUCUAAAUGUCUUAUAGAAAAAGAAUUUGUUUGUUAAGGAGGUGUUUGCUUUGUUCCUCCAAAGAAAUAAAUUGAGUUAACGUAUUCUAAUUCAACUACAACAAGUGAUUUUGAUUUAGUAUUUGAGAAUCUUGGACUUGAUAGCAUUUGUGAUAAAUUAAAUAUUUGGAUAGAAUUAUUCGAAACAAAUGAAUUUAAAUAUAUAAUUUCAAAGAAGGAUAAUUCAACUGCUGAAGGCUAUGGAGGAUGUGAAAUAAAAUUUAACUUCUUUAAAACAAUAUUAGAAUCUAAUCUUAUUCAUCUAAUAGUUCCAUUAAAAGAAAAUAAAACUAGAUUAAUUGAAGAAACUAGAGAAAUUAUUAUUACACCAAGAAGAUUAGUAUAUUAUAAUGAAGAGUAGCAAGCAUAAGCUUAAAGUGUUGCUUCUGCAUCAUCUUCACUUACUUUCAUUCUUUAAUUAGUUGGACCAUUAACAAUUAUUCUAGGAGGAUUUAAUUUCUUUUGGACAAUAUUAGAUAUUUUAACUUGGAUUAACAAUUUCUAUUUUCUAAAUGUAGAUUAUCCUUUGAAUGUUAAAAUAUUUUUUAAUUAACUUGAAUGGGGUGAUAUAAUAAAUAUUCCUGAUAUAAUCUCAUUAAAUUCACCAGAUGAUCCAUAUUAUUUUGAAGCUCCUCCUAAAUUUUUAGAAAAAGAUGUUAAUCCUUUAUUUUUAAACAACAUAUAAUUAUUUUGUGGACUUAUUUUACUUGCUUUAUUUGCAUUUUUCUGCUCUAUUUGCAUUUUAUAAAUGAUAGAAAAUAAGUAUCAACCAAAUUUAGUAUCAACGCAUAAAAUAGAAAUCUUUUCAGUUAGUUAAGUAAAUAAGAGUGUUGAAGUAAUGUCACCACAAAAGUCUUAAAUGAGAACAAUAAGGUUUAAAACAAAAUAAAUGCCAUCUUUAAUAAAUUCAAUAUAUAAAGAAGUAUUAUGGUUUAAGGAGAAUUUUAGGGCUAAAUUACUGUAAAUCAUUGGACUAGUCUUUUUGGAUAUUUGUUUGGCUUGUGUUCUUUAAUUACAAUAUACAAAAAAUUAAGAGUUUAUCAUAAUUUAAUUGAAUAUUUUAUUAGCGAUUAUUGGAGUUAUUUUUAUAGUUUCUGUAUUUUAGUUAUACUCAUUUGUUUGUUCAUAACAUUAAAUUUUGUAUGAAAGUUAAAUUUUUUAAAAUUAUUACUCCUCAUUAUAUGAAGGAAUCAAUACUAAACAAUUACUAGCAAGAAAAUAUUGUUAUGUAAAUUUAAUGAGGAAAGCUUUAUUUAUUUUUUUUACUGUAUAUUUUUAUGAUGUUCCUUUAUUGUAAACAUCAUUAUGUUGUUUAACAUGUUUUUUAAAUUUAGCUUUGAUUUUGUAUCAGAAUCCAUUUGAGAAUAGAAGUGUACUUAUACAAACAGCAAUACCUGAUUUUUGCAUAUUUAUUAUCAUUUUUAUUACAGUUUUAUUGGCCAUUCAUGAUGUUAGUAACAUAUUUUCAUUUGAUUAAAAAUAUAUGAUUGGAUGGAUAAUCUUAUUUUUUAUAGGGUUUUCAAUAUUGAUAUAGUUGAUCUUUUUGUUUCAAUAAUUCUUUUAAGAUAUGAAAGCAAGACUGAUUCAAUUAAAGGAUAUGAUUUGUAACUAAAAAAAUAAGAAAAAUUGA